CAGACAGGUUAUGUCACCGACAGAGGCUGCCCUGAAGCUCCCUGUGGCCCGGAGACUAUGUACAAGAGGAAUGGUCUGAUGGCUAGCGUGCUGGUCACCUCUGCCACUCCACAGGGCAGCAGCAGCUCAGACUCUCUGGAGGGCCAGGGCUGCGACUAUGCCAGCAAGAGCUACGAUGCCGUUGUCUUCGAUGUCCUGAAAGUGACUCCCGAGGAGUUUGCUAGCCAGAUCACAUUAAUGGACAUACCCGUGUUUAAAGCCAUCCAGCCGGAGGAACUAGCCAGCUGUGGAUGGAGUAAGAAGGAGAAACAUAGUCUCGCUCCCAACGUCGUGGCCUUUACCCGGAGGUUUAACCAGGUCAGUUUUUGGGUUGUACGAGAAAUUCUAACAGCACAGACUUUAAAAAUAAGGGCAGAAAUCCUGAGCCAUUUUGUGAAAAUAGCCAAGAAACUUCUAGAACUGAACAACCUUCAUUCUCUCAUGUCUGUGGUGUCAGCAUUACAAAGUGCACCCAUCUUCAGGCUGACAAAAACCUGGGCUCUGUUGAAUCGAAAAGACAAGACCACCUUUGAGAAAUUGGACUACCUGAUGUCUAAAGAAGAUAAUUACAAGCGGACUCGGGAAUAUAUCCGAAGCCUGAAGAUGGUUCCCAGUAUUCCCUAUCUAGGCAUCUAUCUUCUGGAUUUAAUCUACAUUGAUUCUGCAUAUCCUGCCUCAGGCAGCAUCAUGGAAAACGAACAAAGAUCCAAUCAGAUGAACAAUAUUCUCCGAAUAAUUGCGGAUUUACAAGUUUCCUGCAGCUACGACCACCUCACAACCCUGCCCCACGUGCAGAAGUACCUGAAGUCCGUGCGCUACAUUGAAGAGCUCCAGAAGUUUGUGGAAGACGACAACUACAAACUGUCGCUCAGAAUUGAGCCAGGAAGCAGCUCCCCGAGACUAGUCUCUUCCAAGGAAGAUCUUGCAGCCCCCGCCGGUGGCUCCAGUUCUGCGCGNUUCAGCCGGCGGCCUACUUGUCCUGACGCAUCUGUGGCUGGCAGCCUCCCCACGCCUCCAGUUCCGAGACACAGGAAGAGCCACAGCCUGGGCAACAAUAUGAUGUGUCAGUUGAGUGUAGUUGAGAGUAAAAGUGCGACAUUCCCAUCGGAGAAAGCGAGGCACCUGCUGGACGACAGCGUCCUGGAGUCGCGCAGCCCCCGCAGGGGCCUCGCCCUCGCCUCCUCCUCUGCCGUCACCAAUGGACUCGCCCUCGGCAGUAGUGAGAGCUCAGAGUUUAGUGAAGAGAUGUCUUCAGGGCUGGCAAGCAGGGGACGUCUCUAUGCCACGCUGGGGCCCAACUGGCGGGUUCCAGUUCGGAAUUCUCCCAGAACCCGGAGCUGCGUCUACAGCCCCACCGGCCCGUGCAUCUGUACGCUGGGGAGCUCGGCGGCGGUCCCCACCAUGGAGGGGCCUCUGAGAAGGAAAACUCUACUCAAGGAAGGACGGAAGCCCGCGCUGUCCUCGUGGACCAGGUACUGGGUCAUACUCUCAGGAUCCACCCUCCUGUACUACGGAGCCAAGUCCUUGAGGGGCACAGACAGAAAACACUAUAAAUCCACACCUGGCAAAAAGGUCUCCGUCGUGGGCUGGAUGGUGCAGCUGCCCGAUGACCCUGAGCACCCGGACAUCUUCCAGCUGAAUAACCCCGACAAAGGCAAUGUUUACAAGUUCCAGACUGGUUCCCGCUUUCAUGCAAUACUGUGGCACAAGCACCUGGAUGACGCAUGUAAAAGCAACAGGCCUCAGGACCAGGCUUCAGGAGAAAUGCUUUACGUGCAGGAAUUGGCCGAAUCCUCCCAGCAUCCCUGUGAGGUAGGUUCCUAUACUGUCUCCGUUUUAUGCUGA